CAGGGUCAGAAAUGGAGCGUUAUGAUCGUGCUAUCACUAUCUUCUCUCCAGAUGGGCAUCUUUUCCAAGUAGAAUAUGCUCAAGAAGCCGUCAAGAAGGGUUCUACUGCGGUAGGAGUUCGUGGCAAGGAUUGUAUUGUGAUAGGCGUUGAGAAGAAGUCCAUUCCCGCCCUGCAAGAUGAUAGAACCAUACGAAAGAUUCAUAUGAUCGAUGACCAUGUAAUGCUAGCAUUCGCAGGUCUCUCAGCUGAUGCUCGAGUACUGGUUGACCGUGCUCGAAUCGAAUGUCAAUCGUAUAAGCUCACUCUCGAGGAUCCCGUCACUGUAGCUUACAUCUCUAGAUAUAUUGCGAACACUAAGCAGAAAUUUACUCAGUCUCCUGGUCGUCGGCCGUUUGGCAUUUCGAUGUUGAUUGGUGGCUUCGAUUUUGAUGGUCAUCCGCGUUUGUUCAAAACUGAACCUUCUGGAGCAUAUUACGAAUAUCUUGCGAACUCCACCGGUCGUGGUGAAAAACCAGUUCGAGAGUACUUGGAGGAGCAUUACAGCGACGAGACUAUCAAAGAUGAAGCGUCUACCCUCAAGCUUGUUGUGAAGGCGCUCUCACAGGUUGUUCAAUCAGGUGCCCAAAAUAUAGAAAUUGCUGUGAUGAAGAGAAGUGACGUACCUGGUGAAUGCACACAUCGUGUUCUUACUGUUGAAGAAGUCGAGGCGCUUAUGAAAGUGGUUGAAGAAGAGCGCGAGGCCGCAGAAGCAGAAGAGGCAGCUAAAAAGAAGCCAUGAGUACUGCUUGGCAAGCAGUGAUAAGAAUUUGACUUAUCGGUUGUUAUCCGUUCUAAAUCUCAAUUCAUAGUGUCUAAAUUGCAAUCAACCUUCUAGCACUAAAUUAUGCGGCCUUUCGUGCCUCAAAGCAAUGUAUGCAUCUGAGGAUUCUGAUGUUUCUUUUUUUAUUUAUGUAUGCGGGACGUAUUUUUUUGUAUACUGUUUAGUUCCCGGUAUUUGUUGUUGUCUUCCUUUAUACGAAUGUUAAUGGACGUAAUAAAUGCAACUAGAAUUAUGUUCA